GGCGCUGGCAUCUGGGGCGGGUCCGGCAGGCAGCGUCUGGUCGCGGUGUAAUGGCGGCGGUGGUGGCGGUGGAGGGAUAGGCAGCUGCGGCGGCAUGGGGGGUGCGACGCACUACGGGAAUGGUACCGGCGGCGGCCACGGCGGCAGCAGCAGCAACCCGUUCUUGUCGCCCAAGGCGGCGCCCUGCAACCCCUUCUUGGCGGAUCUCGCCUACAACUCCCCGCAGCGGCAUUACCGGCCCAGCGGCGCCGGAGCUCAUUACGCCACGGGGCCUUCAGUCGAGGCACGGAACCCCUUUUUGGAUUCGGAUUCGGAUUCCGUUGAGGGGCCUUACCCGGCGAUGGGAAACCAAGAGCAUGCUCAUGGGGGCGGCGGCAGUGUUGGCGGCGGCGACAUCAACCCCUUCCGCUCGCCAGUAGCAGCAGCCGCCGCAGUCAUUCGCCCCUUCAGAUCACCGCUCACUAACCCCUUCUUGACGCCGGUUGUCGAAAACGCCGAGGGCAGCGGCGGCGGCGGCGGCUCCGCUGGCGUUAGCAACGGUGGUGUCACCACCGCCGGCGGCGGGGGAGGCAUUGCCGCCAGCGGCGGCAUAGGCCGGGCGGCUGAGGGGGCAGCAGUUGCUGCGGAGGCCGGCGGUAACAAUGGUGACGCAGGUGCCGCAGCCGGCGGGGCCUAUGGUGCCAGUGGCGGCCUGGAGGGAAGGACCCUGGCCACCCGCGUGCUCACCCGUGGCGGCCUCGAGGGCCCCCUCGCCUCGGACGCCAUCAGCAUUGGCGGCGACGGCAGUACGGUGUACGACAACGUCUUGUACGACAGUUCCCUUCACGGCAGCGGCGGGGGCGGCUCCAUCACCAGCUGCUCCACCGCUGACGAGUGCGACCUUGUGACGGACGUUGACAUGCGGCUGGUUGACCUGAUGCUCGAGGGCAUGGGCCCGGCUGCGGAUGCCCAGUCGGGGCACGAGUCGGGACGUCGGGUGCAGCUGUCGCCGCCGCCUACCGCACCACCCUCGGGCAGGUCCGCAGCGAGAGUCCUCUUCAGCGGCAGCAACGGCAAGGACGGUAACAAAAGUAACUCCGGUAGCAGCAGCAGCAGCAGCAGGGGUGUCGGGGCAGCUUCCGCGGCGGGGACAACGGGGCUACAACGCAAUUCA